AUUUUGGUCUGGAGAUGUGACGUCAAAAGACUGCGCCGCGCUCCUGCGUCUGUUGUGAUUCGGCUGAAGAAAGAAAAACUCCUGGUGAAGCAACUGAGAUCCAUGUGUCACUAUUAUAAAGAUGGCGUUUAUUAAAGAGGAGAGUGAAGACAUGAAGAUUGAAGAAGUAUUCAGUGUGAAACAAGAAGAUACUGAGGAACAAACAAAGAUGUCGUUUAUUAAAGAGGAGAGUGAAGACAUGAACAUUGAAGUAUUCAGUGUGAAACAAGAAGAUACUGAGGAACAAACAAAUAUGGCAUUUAUUAAAGAGGAGAGUGAAGACAUGAGGAUUAAAGAAGUAUUCAGUUUGAAACAAGAAGAUACUGAGACACAAACAAAUGUGGUUUUUAAUAAAGGGGAGAGUGAAGACAAAAAGAUUGAAGAAGCAUUCAGAGUGAAACAAGACACUGAUGAACAAACAGACUGCCCACUGUGCCUUCGUGGGUACCAUCAGCUCAGCCAGCAUCUGAGGGUGUCCCACAAGGUCAUCAACAGCCAAGAGCGCAAGCUGCUGCUUGCCAUUUCCUCGGGGAGGGUCGACGUCCGCAAGGGCACCUGCCCUGUGCCUGCCUGCAGCAAGUACACCACCCGCAUUGACCGCCACCUAAAGGGCCAUACCGAGUUAACAAGGGCGGCCCAGCAAGAGGCCAUACAGGUGCUGAAGAGAAAGAAGAUUAUUCAUGACCUCGCAGAGCUGCGAGCAAGCAACCCGACUGUGCCUAUGGCCUCGACUCUGGAUCAGGAGGAGGCUCAAGAUCUGGAGGAUGCCCCCCUCCCUCCGGAAGUGGAGGGGACCUGCGACAACCCCUGCUGCCAGCAGGCCAGCAAACGGCUCCAGGAUCAGGUGGCGAACCUCAAUAGACAGGUGAAAACACUGAGAAUUGCUCUCAGAGACAUGACCCGUCGCUACCGUCUGUUGAAGAGGAGAUCACGGGCCAUCCCCUCCACCCAGGUUGCCCAGGUCACAAGCAAACUUUUAUUGGCUCUUCGCUCCCCUGAGAAGGAAGUGGAGGAGGAGGAAGACGAGCUCCAUGCCAGGCCCUUGGGGGAAUCGGGCAGCCAGUGCCCCCCGGACCAGCCCCCCAUCACCCAGCCGUCAUCUCAGCAGUGGGAGGAACACCCUUUCCCAGACCACGUGGUGGCGCUAAAUGUCCUCCUGGAAGAGUACUGGAGCCACCAGGAAGGCACCAACCUCACUCCAGAAGUCAAAAACAAUGUAGCCUCAAAGGUUUUCCACAUCCGCCAUUUCAUUGCCUACAUGGCGGCAGGGAGAUCAGACCUGGCCAGUCUGACCUUCUUCAACCAAACCAACCGGAUGGGGUCCUGGCUCAACUCACUGACCCAGGCUAAAAUCAGCAAGGCAAUCAUCCACCAAUACCUGAAAAACAUUGUCCACUUCCUCGAUUACCUGGCCGAGACCCCGCCACCCACUUGUCUGCUCUCAAAAUUGGUGCUGGUGGGCAUCAGGAGGGAGGCCAGGGCAAUGUUAAAAUCGUUUUGGAGGAAAGAAGUGGAGCCUGAGGUUGCGUUGAAACAGGCCAAGGAAGACCGCCUCAUUCCGAAGGCAAUGUUAAAAGAGUGCCUCUCCUGUGCCAAGCGAAUGAUUCCAGAGAUUCUGGCUUGCCUCAGGAAGUCGGGGGACAAGAAGGACCAGUGGUCAUUUUAUGGACACCUCACCGCGUACCUGGCCUGCAUCUAUGGCCAUCGCGGAGGGGUGUUCCAGAAUAUGACUAUAAAGGAGGUGGAAGAAGCCCAGCAGACCAUCAGAGAGGGCACCUAUGUUAUCACUAUAUCAGCUCACAAGACCAACCAGGCCUUUGGGGCAGCCCAGCUAGCCAUGGAUGCUGAGGAGUAUGGAUGGCUUGAGGAAUUUUUAUCAAUGAGGUCCACCUUGGUGGGCGGGAAGGAUGCCCACUACUUUUUUUUUACGUCCAAGCCCAGCUCCUGCAAAAAUUUGAACCAAUAUUUCCAGGAGGCAUGGGCUGGCAUGGGCUUGCCUGGGACGCCCACGUUCACUGAUGUCAGGACCUCCAUCGCCACCCAUGCAAAGAACACCCACAGCCCCGACGACUGGUGUAAAGUGGCAAAAUUCAUGUGCUACGAUACCUCCAAAACUGACCGAUUUUAUGCAUUGAACUUAAAUGAAAAGCAGACAGUAGAACACCGUCGCUUGUUUGAGUCAGCUGUGAAGGGUGAGAAAACCACGCCAGUAAAAAAAGUGGAGACCCGGAAGCGUCCCGCCACCUCCAGGCCAAAGAGGGCCUGCAAGCGGGCAGCCAGACUGUCCCCCUCCGCCACCCCUCCAUGGACGUAAGAAGGCCCGGAGUAGAGUAGCGCUGAAAGAGGAGAGCCAAAAUCUCAAUGAAAAUCACCAUGAUUUCAUAACUUUUAGCUGCUCUGAGACUGAAAAUACUUCCUCCCAAAAGACAAGAGCUAGAAGUCAUUUCACCUGCCAGAAGUGUGGAAAGAGUUUCAAUCAUCAUGAACGCCUUAAAGCCCACAUGAGAAUUCACACUGGAGAGAAGCCUUUUACCUGUCAACAGUGUGGAAAAAGUUUUGCUGAAAAAGGGAACCUUAAAAGACAUGAGAGUUCACACUUUAGAGGGCCCUUUCACCUGCCAAGAGUGUGAAAAAAGUAUUACUCUAAAAUACAGCCUUAAAGCCCACAUCAGAAUUCACAAUGGAGAGAACUUAUUCACACUGUGGAAAAAUUUUCAUCCAAAGAGAAAGCCUUAAAGUCCACAUGAGAGUUCACACUGGAGAGAAGCCUUUCAUAUGCACUCAAUGUGGAAAGAGUUUCAGACAAAAAGUAACCCUUAAUUCCCACAUGAUAAUUCACACCGGAGAGAAGCCAUACAUGUGAUCAGUGUGAAAAGAGCUUCAGACAAAAAGUCACCCUUAAUUACCACAUGAGGAUUCACUCAAGAUAGAAAUGUUUUGUGUCAUCAGUAUGGAAGGAGUUUCACAGUUAAGGGAAGCCUUAAAGGAACACUCCACUUUUUUUGAAAAUUGGCUCAUCGUGUACUAAGACUGACGGAAAAUGAAAAGUUGAUAUUAUGCAGCGCCUGUGACCCCCUGCUUGCACAGGGAGCAUGCCUUGCAGCCAUGGAGGCAUUUGUGAGAGACGCUGCGUAAUAUCAUUGCACCUGCUGCAGCCAUGGUACGACAGCAAAUUUCCUUGAUUAUUACGCCGGAAUGAGAGUAUAGUUCCUAGCCAUAUCGGCCUAGAAAAUCGCAACUUUUCAUUUUCCGUCGGUCUUGGUACACGAUGUAACUACAGAAGAGUCAAGUUUUAAUUAGGAAAAAUAUCUAAACUCUUUGGUCAUUUUUGAGUGAGAUGCUAACGGUCUAAUCAGAUUCAAUGAACUAUGCUAAGCUAUGCUAAAAGUGGUACCGUCAGACCCAGAGAUCGGCUGAAUGGAUUCGAAAACGGUAAAACUCAACUGUUUAACUCUAGGGGAGUUGGAAAAUGAGCCUAUUUUCAAAAAAAGUGGAGUGUUCCUUUAAUACGCACAUAAGAGUUUACACUGGAGAGAAGCCUUUCACGUGUCUUCAGUGUGAAAAGAGUUUCACAUAUCAAACAGACCUGAAAUGUCAUUAGUAAACUCUUUCUGGGAAAAAAUUUUAGGAAAAGGAGCAAUCUCAAAAAUCACAGAUUUUUAAUCAUCUUCACAGAUGAUUUAAUUUGUGGUCAGUGUCAAUGGGGUCAGAUUAUACUGUGUGAGAGAGUUUGGAGUGCUAAAAAAGAUGCGACAGAUGACAAUUUUGAAGUGAAAUUCAAAAGUAUUUACAAUAUUUAUGUGAGAAUGAAACAACACAAUAAAACUAAAAAACUUAA